AGGCCGCAGGGUCCCCCCGCCGCGGGGCUGCCGUCACCCUGGGUUUCAGGCUUGGUGUUCCUGGAGAAGAAGGGGAGAUGAGUAAGGGCAAGGACGAUGCUCCGCAUGAGCUGGAGAGCCAGUUCGUGCUGCGGCUGCCGCCGGAAUAUGCCUCCACUGUGCGGCGAGCAGUACAGUCUGGGAAUGUCAACUUGAAGGACAGGCUCACCAUUGAGCUACACGCGGACGGGCGCCAUGGGAUUGUCCGUGUGGACCGGGUGCCGCUGGCAGCCAAGCUGGUGGAUCUGCCCUGCAUCAUUGAGAGCUUAAAAACCAUUGACAAGAAAACCUUCUAUAAGACAGCAGAUAUAUGCCAGAUGCUUGUUUGCACCGUGGAUGGUGAUCUGUACCCCCCUUUGGAAGAGCAAACUGUGAGCACUGACCCUAAGGCAAACAAGAAGAAGGACAAGGACAGAGAGAAGAAAUUCAUCUGGAACCAUGGCAUCACUCUUCCCCUGAAAAAUGUACGGAAGAGACGAUUCCGGAAGACAGCUAAGAAGAAGUAUAUAGAGUCUCCUGAUGUGGAGAAAGAGGUGAAGCGUCUCCUGAGCACAGAUGCUGAAGCUGUCAGUGUCCGCUGGGAAGUCAUUGCUGAAGACGAAACAAAAGAAGUAGACAACCAUGGUUCGCUCACCAGCCUGGACAUCUCCUCCCCAGGGAUGUCAGGACAUAAGCAAGGCUCCUCAGAACAUGAUGAACUACGGGAGAUAUUUAAUGACAUCAGCAGCAGCAGUGAAGAUGAAGAUGAGAGGGAUCAUCAUGACGAUGAAGACCUGAACAUCAUGGACACUGAGGAUGACUUGGAGAGGCAGCUGCAGGACAAGCUGAAUGAGUCUGAUGGGCAGCAACAGGAGAAUGAGGGCUCCAACCAGAUAGUCAUGGGGAUCCAGAAGCAGAUUGACAACCUGAAAAGUAAACUCCAGGAGACCCAGGACAGGAGGAAGCGCCAGGAAGAUCUCAUCAUGAAAGUGGAGAACUUGGCCCUCAAGACGCGUCUCCAGGCCGUGCUGGAUGAGUUCAAGCAGCAGGAGGAGCGAGAGAAGCAGCAGAUGACGUCCCUGCAGGAGCAGCUGGAGUCCCUCAUGGAGAAGUGAGGAGCAGGCUGGGGUCUUUAUACCUGCGAGCAGAGCUGGAAGUGGUGUUAUCUGCCACGCUGAAGUCUAUGCUCUAGUCACACACCUCUGCUGCUGGGCAUGUCCAGUGCUGGUCUCACAUGUAUUUUUCUGGGCUGGGUUUGCGGAGCUAAGGAAUUAAACUAUGCCUGUGAGAGCAGCCAGAAUACGGGAUUUACUGUAAAUACUCAGCACCAUUCUCCCAGAGGGGUUUAGUUCCCCCUGGGGCAACUUUCUGCAUCUUGAUGGGCUGUGGCCAGAUAGGAACUUGUUCUUGUGUGUGAGGAAUACUCGUGUCUGCAAAUCAGACUCAAUAAAGGACUGUUUCCAACC